GGCGUGUGGGAUGGGAGCAGAGAGAGAGAGAGAGAGAGAGAGAGAGACACACACACACACACAGACACACACACACGCGCGCGCAGCGUCCAGCCCCUGCAGUCCUGCCACAAGCGAGCGGAGAAGCAGCAACAGCAUCGAGCACUGAAGGAGUCCCGAGUCUCCACUGGAUCUCACACACACACAAACACACGCACCUGAGGGCCGCAGAGGAUUACAACCCGCGAGGAACAGUCUGACAGCCUGGGAUCGAUGUGUUUGUUAACAUUAAUAUGCAUUCAUAAAUAUAGGUGGACAAAAAUCCUGCAGCGCUUUUCCAGAAAAGAGAUAACUUCCAGCUCCGCUUUUUUAAGUGCACUUAGACUUUACGCAUAGCCUCUCUGACCCCAAGUCUCCAUCCAGCCAUCACUGCUAAUUUAGCCAGUUAUGGACAUUUUUUAGACGAGGAGUGUGCCCGCUACGUAUGCAUGAGCACCUCUCUGUCAGACCUCCUUUUUUUGCUGUUGUAAACUGUUUUCGGUGAGAUCUUUGGACUUGAGGUUUGCUGGACUUUGCAGCCGUGGGGAGAACUCACAAGAAGAGCUUUUUUUUUUAACCUCCAUCCAAAAUGCGACCCAUUGCAUUCAGGCUGGGCUAUCUGUGUCUACACUUGUUUGCAUUCUGCUAUUUCGCUCAGGUAACCAAUCAGUCCCCGCCUAAUUUCACGCAGCAUGUAAGCGAGCAGAGCAAAGUGACGGACCGCGUGAGCCGCAGGUUGAUCCGGGUCUACCAGCUGUACAGCCGGACCAGCGGCAAGCAUGUGCAGGUCCUGCCCAACAAGAAGAUCAACGCCAUGGCGGACGAUGGAGACGUGCACGCCAAACUCAUCGUGGAGACAGACACGUUUGGGAGCCGAGUGCGCAUCAAGGGAGCCGAAACGGGUCUCUACAUCUGCAUGAACAAGAAGGGAAAGCUCAUUGGCAAGAACAACGGACACAGUCGUGACUGCAUCUUCACCGAGAUCGUGCUGGAGAACAACUACACGGCGCUGCGCAACGCGCGCUACGAGAGCUGGUACAUGGCGUUCACGCGGCGCGGGCGCCCGCGGAAGGGCUCGCGGACGCGCCAGCACCAGCGCGAGGUCCACUUCAUGAAGCGGCUGCCCAAGGGGCAGCAGCCCGCCCACACGAGCCACCACCGUCCGUUCGACUUCGUCCACUACCCCUUCAGGCAAAGGACUAAGCGCACGCGCUACUCGUCGCAACGCUGAGGAUGCUGGGAGAUGGAGGAGAGAGAGAGAGAGAGAGAGAGAGAGAGAGAGAGAGAGAGAGA